AUGAAUCUGGAAGAAACAAAGAAGAAAUCUGUAAGAAAAGAUGGAAAACAGCGCGGACUGUUGCGCCUGCCCCCCCCCCCGCUCCGCUUCUCCUCCACCCCCGCCCCCCCCCCCUCCACGGGGCCCCGCCGCGGACCCCGCGCCGGUGCCGGAUACAAAAUGGCGGUGGCGUUACGGGGCGGCGGUGGGUGCGCGCCCGCGGCGGCGGCGCUGCUCGCGCUGCUCGCGCUGCUGGGCUCCGCGGCCGCCUCGGCCGGCUGCCCCGCCGGCUGCGCCUGCGGCGGCGAGCUGCUGGGCUGCGGCGGGCUGGCGCUGCCCCAGGUGCCCCGGGACCUGCCCCGCUGGCCGCGGCACGUAAACUUGAGCUACAACAAGUUGACGGAGAUUGAUCCUUCUGCCUUUGCAGGGCUAUCAAACCUACGGGAAGUGCGACUGAACAACAACGAGCUGACUGCCAUCCCAUCCCUGGGAGCUGCUUCCUCCGGCGUCCUCUCCCUUCAUCUGCAUCACAACAGGAUCCGCAGCAUUGAAGCAAGUCAACUGAAGCCCUACGUUACCCUGGAAACGUUGGACCUGAGUUUCAAUGACAUCACGGAAAUCCGAAACGGCUGCUUUCCGCAGGGACUUCACAUAAAGGAGCUCUACCUGGGGAGCAACAGAAUCAGCACCCUGGAGCCUGGUGCUUUUGAUAGCCUGUCACGGUCCCUGCUAACACUUCGUCUGAGUAAAAACAGGAUCACUCAGCUUCCUGUCAAGGCGUUCAGGCUGCCCAGGCUAACACAACUGGAGCUAAACCGGAAUCGCAUCCGCCUGAUUGAAGGCCUGACAUUCCAGGGACUGGACAGCUUGGAAGUCCUGAAACUCCAGCGCAACAACAUAAGCAAAUUGACUGAUGGGGCCUUUUGGGGUCUAGCCAAGAUGCAAGUUCUCCACCUGGAGUAUAACAGCCUGACAGAAGUAAACAGUGGUUCUCUGUAUGGCCUUUCAUCUCUUUACCAGCUUCAUCUCAGCAACAACUCUAUAUCCCGUAUGGCUGGAUGGAGCUUCUGUCAGAAGCUGCAUGAGCUAAUACUGUCUUACAACAACCUUACCAGGCUGGACGAGGGAAGCUUGGCAGGCCUCGGGGGACUGCAUGUGCUGCGCCUUAGCCACAACUCCAUCAAUCAUAUCGCAGAAGGUGCCUUCAAGGGACUCAAAAACCUACGUGUCCUGGAUCUGGACCACAACGAGAUUGCAGGCACAAUAGAAGAUACCAAUGGAGCUUUUACGGGCCUAGAAAACCUAAGCAAGCUAACACUGUUUGGAAACAAGAUCAAGUCGGUGGCCAAGAAAGCGUUCUCAGGGUUGGAGGCCCUGGAGCACCUGAACCUUGGAGAUAACGCCAUUCGCUCUGUUCAAGCAGACGCGUUUGCUAAGAUGAAGAGCCUGCAGCAGCUCCAUAUAAACAGCGACAGCUUCCUCUGCGAUUGCCAGCUGAAAUGGUUGCCCCAGUGGUUAGUUGAGAAGGAGCUGCAGUCCUUUGUGGUGGCCACCUGCGCCCAUCCCGAGUCACUAAAGAGCAAGAGCAUUUUUGCUGUGCUGCCAGAAAGUUUUGUGUGUGAUGAUUUCCCCAAGCCCCAAAUCAUUAUCCAGCCUGAGACGACAGUGGCUGUCCUUGGGAAGGACAUCCGUUUCACCUGCUCAGCUGCCAGCAGUAGCAGCUCCCCCAUGAUGUUUGCAUGGAAGAAAGACAACGAGAUGCUGCGCAAUGCUGAGAUUGAGAACUUUGCACAUGUGCGGGCAAAGGAUGGUGAGGUGAUGGAGUACACCACCAUUCUGCACCUCCGGCAUGUCACCUUCACCCAUGAAGGACGUUACCAGUGCAUCAUUACCAAUCACUUUGGCUCUACCUACUCCAACAAGGCCCGACUCACUGUUAAUGUGUUACCCUCAUUUAUCAAAACUCCCCACGACAUCACCAGCCGGACGGGGACAACAGCACGGCUGGAGUGUGCAGCUGAAGGACACCCCACUCCACAAAUUGCCUGGCAGAAAGAUGGUGGCACCGACUUCCCUGCAGCUCGAGAACGCCGCAUGCAUGUCAUGCCUGAUGAUGAUGUCUUCUUCAUUACUGAUGUGAAGAUAGAAGACAUGGGUGUCUACAGCUGCACAGCACAGAACUCUGCAGGGUCUGUGCUUGCCAACGCCACCCUGACUGUACUGGAGACACCAUCUUUGAUUCAUCCACUGGAAGACCAUGUAGUGUCUGUAGGUGAGACUGUGGCUCUUCAGUGCAAAGCCACAGGGAGUCCACCUCCCCGCAUUACCUGGCUGAAAGGGGACCAGCCCCUAAUCAUGACAGAAAGGCAUCACUUUACCCCUGGCAACCAGCUGCUGAUCGUUAGGAAUGUUGUCUUGGAGGACGCUGGGAAAUACACAUGUGAGAUGUCCAACACCCUUGGGACAGAGCGUGCACACAGCCAUGUGAGCAUUUUGCAGUCUCUUGGCUGUAGAAAAGACCGUACCACUGUGGGAAUCAUCACCAUUGCAGUGGUGUGUAGCAUUGUGCUGACUUCUCUGGUCUGGGUCUGCAUCAUCUACCAAACCAGGAAGAAGAGUGAAGAAUACAGUGUCACCAACACAGAUGAGACCAUUGUGCCUCCUGAUGUGCCAAGCUACUUGUCUUCACAAGGGACUCUCUCUGACCGGCAGGAAGCAGUUGUCAGAGUAGAUAACCAACAGCCUAAUGGGCACAUAGACAGCAAUGGUAUGUGUCAGACUGAUGCUGGAAGGUGUCCAGAUGUUGAAGCUCCCACUAUAGGUUGCAGACAGCCAAAGCUGUGUAUCAGCUAUAAUAAAGACGCUUGGAAAACUGAAGACAUGGCCGAUGGAAUGCUUGUUCCAGAUAAGACAGGCUAUGGCCUGCCGGUCGUGUGCGCAGACUGCAGCGGGAGUACGGACAGCAUGAACGUCCGCAUUUACGCCAAGGAGUCGGAGUACUACUCCGAGAGCCUUAAGACUAUGGAUAACACCUACCAAAAUGCACUGAGCAGCAAGGAGCGAAGUAGGAAGAGGGGUGCAGGCACCAGCCUUCUUCAUCCUCAGCAGUGCAACGGGAUUGCCAGCAGCAAGAGGGUAGAAAUGGAUGGGACCCUCUACCCCAGCAACCAUGACAGAAUGAGACCUGCGGGCACGGGCAGCCCGCUGCUGCCAGACAACCAUGACUCUUCACAAUCGGUUGCGCAGCCUUCAGAGCUUAACAACCUUAAUUUGGUGAGAGCUUCUCCAGCAGGAGGGUCACUUAAGCAACUGAAUGUACUUCCUGAAGUGUCCCCAACACUACUGGAUUUGCAGAGUGAAGCGGAAGUGAAGCAGGCUCUCCUGUCCAGCAGCUACGUACCCAAGUCGUGUGACUCCAUUCACGAGUUUAAGCCACCGAGAAGAUCAAUGGACUGAGAGAACAGACUGCCAUGUGCAAAUUAACAAACAUGCUAUUACUUUAUCCUUCUUUUUUCUUUUUUUUUUUUUUUUUUUUUUUGCACAGAGUAUAUGGGCUACUUACUUCUACCUCAAAUCUUGAACUGAUGACCUGUCAAAGGCAAACAACUGAGGUAUGAAAAACAAGCUUGUAUGGGGAACAAACUCCUAUUCGAGCGUCACCUGUUUGUAUAUAGUUUAAAACUUCCCUGAGAAGUAUGAAGCGUUCAAAAGUUGACUUGCAUAUAAAGCACAUAAAUGCAAGGGAUUAUUGUGUAAAGAGAAAAGUAUUUGAUACAAUUGUAUAUAAGAGUUUUCAUAUAUAAAUAUAUAUAUAUAUAUAUAUAUAUAUAUAAAUAUAUCUUUUACAGAGGCUAUUUUAAUCUUUAGUGCAUGGAAAACUGAGUGAAAUUUUACAGUUUUGGCAAUAUUGUUCUCAGUAUCAGGUUGCUGUUAAACUUUGUGAGAAAAAUAAUUCUUGUGCCUUAAAUGCAUAAGCAGAACUUUAAAAAACAGAUUGUUCUAAAGGGAUUGUCCUCUUUUCAAUGGAAGUUCCUUUAAAUCAAGUAUCAAUUGGGUUACUUAGCACAAAUUUCCUUCUCUUUUGAAAUUUAUUGCACUUAACACAUUUAAACAGAGAUCUUCAAUUAUUUCAAAUGAAUUUUAUAGCAAAAAACCCACAAGCUAUUAGACACUGCAUUGCAACCUGAUUUUUUUUCCUGUUUGUGGAAGAACUUAAGUUCUAUUAUUUUUCAGAACUGCAUAAAAAAUAAUAGCUGAACUGUGACUGUACCUGUAUGUUAGAGUGGACCACACAAGAAGCACUAAUUAAUUCAGCCACUGUGCAUAGCCCAAAACCAGACAGACAGAAAGGAUAUCGCAGUUAGCGAAUACAGGGUCGUUACCAAAAUAAAUAAAUCAUGUGGUAAACGAGGAGGUGGUCUUGUAUCUUGCACCAUGCAAAAGCCUCCUGACAGAGGGCCCUGUCUGCACCUAGGCUGUUACAGCACUAAUUGCCCACCCAGCGAAAUUGCAGGUGCCCCCCCAUCCUGCCGACGGGUGCAGUUACACCUCUGCAAGGUGCAUGUAUGAUACAGCCUGUCCCUGUUUGGAGAAGGAAUAAUCCAUACCAGUGCAACGCACUUUCCUACCAAUGCAACUGCAUCUGUUCCAGAGGGGUUUUGAAACCGUGCAACUGUUUUGGCAACAAAAACAAAAUCACACUCCUAAGCUGACAGCUGUACUGUUAAUUCAUGUGAUAAUUCAACCUUUUCUCCUGCAACACACUAUUAAGCUUUCUUGUUGAGCAUCACUACCCGGAUCUGCAGCCAGACUCUUGGUAUGAAGUUAUCUGCUUCAAAUGAAUCAUGCUGCUUUGUUUAGCAAUUCCAGGCUAUUCAGAAAUAAAUACACUAACUUGGAAGGGAAACCGUGUAUUGAUGGUCAAAUAUACGCUGUUAAAUGGAAAUGUCCAAAGUAUUUUUAUGUAGUCUUUUAAGUUCAUCCGUGAAUGGGGGAAAAAAAAUACCCACAUUGGUCAAACAGAUCCUUGUCACUUACAACUUCACUAUGAAGCUUUUUAUUUAUAGAAAAGCUGCUUUCUGUUGGUGUUGGUACCUGUGGAUGGAGGACUCCUUUCCAGUUACUUGUAAUCUGAGUUCUGCUAAUACAAGGUUGCUAAACUCUGGUGAUGACUACUUUGGGGAAAGGUUUAUUGGGGGGGGGUUAUUACUUUUUUUUUUCCUUAGGAGCAACUCAAAUGCCAGUUCCACUGAAGCAGAGUCCAGUAGAAACCCACCUUUGCUAACAGUUCUGUGGCUAAAAACAAGCAUCAGGACUGAAACACUGUGUUUUCUGUUUGGGACAUCAUUUGCAGAUAUACAGAGUCUUACCAAACGUAUGAGCUUUCAGUAAGAAGUUAAGUAAGUAAGUGCUGCCUUGAAUCAGGACUCAAGGUGUCUGUUCCUUUUAUUACAAGCGGGCCCUGUCCAACCUUACCUUGAGGAGGCAACAUCUCCCUUACGUAGAAGACAUCUUGUCUUUUCCUGAGUAGCUUAAGACAAGUUUCACUGUAAAUGAGUUAACUGAAGCUGACCUUGAUGGAGCAAGGCAUUAACUUAGCCAGGUACCUGUCUGUAUCAGUUUCUGACUAUUGACACAUUUGCACUUUGAGGCAGGUGGCUAAUUAUGUUGAGUGCCAAGUUUAUUCAAAGCAAAGGAAAGGGAUGUUAGAAAACUAUAAACCAAGCAUAUUUUUCCUUUUACUCGAGGGAAAAGUACGCUUCAGAACUGACUCACAAGGUGAAAACAGUGGAACUGGGAACGUGAGGUAGAUGAGAAUGAUUUAAUUGACUCAUUUUGCUGGCGGAAACGUCAUCACCAUUGCAGAUAUAAAGCAUAUUUGCCACAUUAACAUUUGAAAAUAAUGUUUCUGAAUAAAGUUAACUGCCUAAUGUUAUAACUUCCACUAAAUAUGUGAAUUUGCUGCUUCUAAGAGGCAAUGUGAAAGAGGAAGUAUUACUUUUGUGUACAAAGUUAUUUAUUUAUUAGAAAAUUUGGUACAAUGUUGUACAUUGAAAAACAUGUAAGAUAUUGAAGUGUCUAACAAAUGGCAUUGAAGUGUCUUUAAUAAAGGUUCAUUUAUAAUAUUACAGCUAUUUUGUUGAGAGUGAGCUUUGGGGAGUUCCAGUGGAAAACGAAAUAAAAUUCUAAUCUGUU